AUGGAUGCUAUUGCACAGAAAUUCACAAGCAGAGCCGGUACUCUUAGUGCUUUAGGUUAUGACAAUGAUCAAGCUAAAGAACAUGAUUUCGUUGAUAACGUCAACUUACCAUUAGCACCAUCAUUAUCAAUGCCACCAAUUUCACAACCAACUGAUUUCUUAAGAGCUCAUACUGAUGAUUCCAAGAAUCCAGAUUGUAAAAUCAAGAUUGCACAUGGUACUACUACAUUAGCUUUUAGAUUCAAAGGUGGUAUCGUGGUGGCGGUUGAUUCAAGAGCUACUGCAGGUAAUUGGAUUGCAUCCCAAACAGUUAAAAAAGUUAUUGAAAUCAAUCCAUUUUUAUUAGGUACCAUGGCUGGUGGUGCUGCUGACUGUCAAUACUGGGAAACUUGGUUAGGUACACAAUGUAGAUUACAUGAAUUGAGAGAAAAAUCAAGAAUAUCUGUUGCAGCUGCUUCUAAAAUAUUGUCAAAUUUAGUCUACCAAUAUAAAGGUAUGGGUUUAUCAAUGGGUACAAUGGUCUGUGGUUAUACAAAGAAAGAAGGUCCAACUAUAUAUUACGUUGAUAGUGAUGGUACAAGAUUAAAAGGUGAUGUUUUCUGUGUUGGUUCUGGUCAAACAUUCGCUUAUGGUGUUUUAGACUCAAACUUAAAAUGGGAUUUAACAGUAGAGGAAGCAUUAUAUUUGGGUAAACGUUCUAUUCUAGCUGCUGCUCAUAGAGAUGCUUAUUCUGGUGGUUCAAUCAACUUAUAUCAUAUCACUGAAGAUGGUUGGGUUUUCCAUGGUAACCAUGAUGUUGGUCCAACUUUCUAUGAAGUCAAAGAACAAGAAGGUUCAUUCAACAACGUUGUUGGUUAA